UGCAUGUCCCAUCUGGCAACAGGACGUGGGGGCGGAGAAAGGGAAGUACAGUACUAUGCAUGUAUGUACAACGUCACCUGUAACAUGGUCCGUCCCAUCUGGCAACGGGACAUGGGGCGGAGAAAGGGAAGUACAGUACUAUGCAUGUAUGUACAACGUCACCUGUAACAUGCUCCGUCCCAUCUGGCAACAGGACGUGGGGGCUGAGAAGGGCAAGUACUGUGCAGUCAACUUCCCACUGAGAGAUGGCGUUGACGACGAGAGCUACGAGAUGAUCUUCAAACCUGUCAUGGCCAAGGUGAUGGAGGUGUACCGACCCAGUGCAGUGGUGUUGCAGUGUGGAGCUGACUCACUGGCUGGAGACCGCCUCGGAUGUUUCAACCUCUCUCUUAAAGGUCAUGCUGAGUGUGUGGACUUCAUCCGUCGCUACAACCUCCCUCUCCUGCUCCUCGGAGGAGGCGGCUACACCAUCAGUAACGUGGCCCGCUGCUGGAUCUACGAGACUGCCGUCGCUCUCAACUGUGACAUCGCCAAUGCUCUCAGUACUGAAGGAGCAAUAGAGAAACAAAAGAGCUUUCCGCCUCAGAGGUCCCACUGCCGCUGUCUCUCAAUGCAGGCGACAUUGGUAAUUACUACUACGGACAGGGGCACCCCAUGAAACCUCAUCGGAUACGCAUGACCCACAACCUCCUCCUCAACUACGGCCUCUACAGAAAGAUGGAGAUCUACAGACCACACCCAGCCGUCUACGAGGAGAUGACUCGUUACCAUAGCGACGACUACAUCCGGUUCCUCCGCACCAUUCGACCGGACAACAUCAACGAACACACCAAGCAGAUGCAGAGAUUCAAUGUAGGAGAGGAUUGCCCUGUGUUUGACGGGAUGUACGAGUUCUGCCAGCUGUCCAGUGGCGGCUCCAUCGCUGGAGCAGUGAAAGCUGAACAAACAGGAGACUGACAUUGCAGUCAACUGGUCUGGAGGAUUACAUCAUGCCAAAAAGAGCGAAGCCUCUGGUUUCUGCUACGUCAACGACAUUGUCCUCGCCAUUCUGGAACUCCUGAAGUACCACCAGCGAGUGCUGUACAUUGACAUAGACAUUCACCAUGGCGACGGAGUGGAAGAGGCGUUCUACACCACUGACAGGGUCAUGACUGUCUCCUUCCACAAGUACGGAGAAUACUUCCCCGGCACUGGGGACCUCAAGGACGUGGGGGCGGAGAAAGGCAAGUACUAUGCAGUCAACUUCCCACUGAGAGAUGGCGUUGACGACGAGAGCUACGAGAUGAUCUUCAAACCUGUCAUGGCCAAGGUGAUGGAGGUGUACCGACCCAGUGCAGUGGUGUUGCAGUGUGGAGCUGACUCACUGGCUGGAGACCGCCUCGGAUGUUUCAACCUCUCUCUUAAAGGUCAUGCUGAGUGUGUGGACUUCAUCCGUCGCUACAACCUCCCUCUCCUGCUCCUCGGAGGAGGCGGCUACACCAUCAGGAACGUGGCCCGCUGCUGGACCUACGAGACUGCCGUCGCUCUCAACUGUGACAUCGCCAAUGAACUUCCCUACAAUGACUACUUCGAGUACUAUGGACCGGACUUCAAACUCCACAUCAGUCCCACCAACAUGACCAAUCAGAACACACCUGAAUACCUCAACAAGAUCAAAGCUCGACUGUUUGAGAACCUGAGACUCAUUCCUCAUGCUCCCAGUGUCCCCAUGCAAUCCAUCCCAGAGGACAUGAUCCAGGACCCAGAACCAACUGAGGAUGAUCCCGACGAGAGGAUUCCACAGCAUGUCCAGGACAAGAUGAUAGCCAGAGAAGAGGAUCUCUCUGACAGCGAGGACGAGGGAGACGGCCGACGCAACGAGAGUGUGGAGGGAGCAUCCAGAGUCCCGUACCCCCGGAGCCAUCUCCCAUCACCCCCAGUCCUCUGGUCACACCACACAGCCAGGAGAGCAAGGCUGAGACUGCCCAGGAGAAGACUGCCAAGUCAGCCAGCCCGGGACCAGAGGCUGCAGACUCCAGUGAGGCCAAACCUGAGAAAGAAGGUCCUGCCACGAUGGGAGAGGGAGAGAGGGCCAAACCAAUGGAGGAAACUGGGGAGCAGGCUCAGACAAGUCCCCAGCCAGAAGGUGACUCAGCCCAGCAACAAGCCACACCCACCUCGUCAGAGGAGCCAAUGGAACACUGACACUGUGUCUCGUGCUGUGUGUUUUCAGACUCUCUCACUUCACAUAGUGUCUGACUGUGUACAGCCUUAUUCUGUCUUACACCUACAUACAAAUCUGACUUUGAUGUAAUAAUCUUUUGACAACACUUACAUACUGAUUCAUGGUAGCUAAUUGCAUGCUGGUUUGUUGAAGUUGCCUAUCCUUUCUGUGUAUUAUUUCCUGAGAC